GACAGAACUUUCGAACACAGUUAGGUCGUUCAGGCCUAGCUCUUAUUAUUCAAAAUACAGCGUAGUUUAGAAGGAAAAACAAAACCUACAGAAAUUUUCGGCCUUCACUUCUCAUCUAGCCUAAACGUAAGGUUGGUUGAUUGAUUGUACAUUACACUAAUAAUCUAGCCGCGCGCAAGCAUCCUAGCAUAAAAACACGUGUUCCUUUCCGUAUCCCGCACCUCAAGAACCUUGGAACGCGGCUAGAGCCACGUGACAGGCGCGUGGACGCGGCUCUUCCCCGGCAACCGCAAAUGACAAGCUUCAAUGUCAACACUGAGAGCACACUCGGCGGCAUCUACAACGACAAACACUCCACCAUGAACACUCUGGAAUGUGCCUGUCCAUGAUUUAUUCCAUUCCCCGUCUAAGCUACUGUCUUGCUAAUGCCAGAGGGAUAAUGGUAUUUUCCAUAGGACCUUGCGGAAACACCGAAUGGAGUCUGUUAUCUGGGGUUACCACCCCCCAUGACCCCGACAUCAACAAAUGACGCUCUCUCGGGAUAUCCCAGGGAGAUUCUCUGGAACAUAACUAUUUAUUUCCUUCUCGAUGAAACUUUCCUCUUCGCAAUGACACAUGGCGAGUGAAUGAUCGCAAAAUGACGCAACUUGAACGUGAUUGCUACAAGAAAUACAAAAACGCCACUUUGACGCGCCGCAUUCAUUUUCUCAUUUCCUUCAUUCUAACAUACGUUUUUGUUCCUCUCGUUCCUCCUUAUCUCCGCACAGACUAUGAAGUAUCUUGUUUUGAGAUCAGGUCCAAUAUUCAGUUUGGUAUCGAUGUCACCUCGGUUGUCCUGAAGUAUCGAUUCAAUAGAACCCGUCACCAGUUUCUUCUUCCCUACGCCAUUCCUCCCUGUGAGCAUUAGGUCCCACUAAUACUGUUACUUUCCUAUGCUAGAAGACAUGUCAUUAUUCGGUCAACCAGGAAUCCCUCUGCUUGGCGAGCAUUUGGAAUUGAUGCAACAGGAUGAUUCUACUUUUCUGGAACUUGCACUGCAUCCAGACGUUUUAUCUUCAGAGUGUAGGACAGACACUUGCCACACCGAAUCUUCGUCGAAAUCCGUGACACCCGCCUUUUUUGAGCAAAAAAGUUACUCAAGCCCAGCAGAUGAUGUCAAUGCUUCCCCUGUGACGCCAUGGAAUAGCAGCCCUACGCAAAUUUAUCCCCCAGCUACGAACUCAGAUACACAGGAACUUUACGACGCCUUAAAUUUCAGCGAGUGGUGCCAUGAUAUCAUAAAUUAUGCGAGCCCUUGCCCAGAUCCUCUUGGCGAGACAUCUUGGGGCCAAGGUGUUCUGGAUACAGGGCCCCUUGGCUCUCUAUCCCGUUUCAUGCCCAGCUCCCCUUCACGGAUUCGAUCCAGCGUCCCUCUUCCAAGCUUCGAUAAAGAUUCUCCCCCGGACUUAUCUCAGAUUGAUUUCGAAAAGCUGAUAGAUUCCCAUGAAUUGUUGCCAGAUCUGACCUUAACUCCAGGAGCAUCCCAUCAGGCCGAGCAGAACUUUGAGAACAAACGCGAGCGCUCGGACUCCUGCCUCGCGAAUCCUACAUUCAAACCUCCACGGAAGAAAAAACCCGUGUUGGUGCGCGAAUAUAACUUACGAAAACUACCCUCUAGAAUGUUGAAAGAUCCUGCAAUCCAGGACAAAGGGUCUAAAAAUAUACGCAGACAUCUAUCAAGCUAGGUAAGAAACCUGCCUCGGAUGAGCGUGAUAAUCGAAAGACGCGAUCUGCGCGUCUAUCUAGCAGGAUCCAGCUGAAGGCGCAUCAUAUGCCUAGAUGACUGAGGGAAACAGAUUGAUUCUGUCUUCUCCUCUCUUUGCAUAUGCUCCGCCAGGAUUGAAGAGUUUAGUUGUGCUCUUCUUCAUUUUCAAGCUUUAUUCCGUUUUUUCUCUCCUGCAUUAGCAUUUUCGUGACGUCAUUGUUUAACAUCGCCAAGGAAUUCCUAAUUGAGCCUGCUGGAUCUGCAGGCAGUUACAGUAAUCUGUUAAAUCUUCAGCUCAAUAAGGAAAGUGCGGAGCUGGUUGUGAUCUAGAUCCCUGUGGGGCAUUUCGACUUUUUCCUCUUCUUGAUCUACCAUUCAGACCACUCCAAAUGGGUUUCGAAAUUCGAAACAACCAGUUCCGUUCAAUUCGUGCCCGGAAUUUUGUUUUGGUUUGGAUAUCAAUUUAUUUUGGUCAUUCAUUUUUAAUAUUUUUUGCGAGAUGUAUUUUUUUUGCCAUUUGGGUGUUGUUGUAUUUGUGGGUUUUGCAUGUCUGCCAAAGUGCCGGCUGAGAGGAUUUUUGCUUGCUGUGUUCUUUGAGCUCUCUUUCUUUCUAUAACUUCCUUUCCACAGUUUCUCAAACGAUAUUCCGAUACAAGUUACGUUGUGCAAAUUUUGUAAUAUUACAACAUGGACGCGAUCGCAGACUUGAGGUGAGUUCGCUUGUGUAGUGAGUGACUCCAGAGGGAUAAUUCUCUUCCGAGUGAGGGUGCAUUUCCAUUGCUUUCUGUUGUCUAUUGCUAAUUUUCCUUUGCACUUAAUACUCCGAGAUAAAAAAAGAAGAAGAAGAAAAGGUAAUAAGCUCAUAGCCAGGUAACCCAUGUUCAUUAACCAGGUAGUUCCGCAAAAAAUGCCCGCCAUUCGCUUCUAUCCAUUGGUCCAUUCGUCGCAUAAAUAUCCUUUACUCAUCACUGGAGCUCAACCCGCCCAAUGCCCAUCCCCACCAAUAGAUUCCUCACCAUCGUCGUUCCCAUCCAUAUCCAUAUCAUCCAUAUCCUCAUCCAACCCCUCAAAAACCAUAAAUUUCUCCCCAGUCGCCUCCGUCUCCUCAGGCACCACGUUCCCAUCCUGGACCUCACACUCCUUCAGCACAGACUCGCGCCCAAUCUUGCUGCGCCGCCCAAUAAUACAGCCCGUAAGCUGACAGCGCUCAUCCACCACCACGCCAUCCAUCAGCAGGCAGCGCGUGAGUCGCGCACCCGUCGCAAUCCGGCAGUUGGCGCCAAUCACGCACUCCUUUAUCACGCAUUUUUCCUCCACGGUCACGUUCUCGGCGAUUAGGCAGUCGGCCUUGGUGACUGUGCACCGCUGGGCGAUGCCGGCUGGAUGGGCGAUUUUGUUCAUGUGCGCAAAGGGGGAGGCUGCUUCGCGCCCAACUUCGGCGAUUGGGUCGAGUUUCGCGAGGCGGAGGGAGAUGGAGAGGAGAAGGGCGGAGCUAUCGACGCGCCGGAUUAGAGGAGCAGAGGGUUGUGAGGGGUGGACGUAGGCGAGGAUUGGGGGCACGGUGAGUUUCCCUGGGGACGUUGGGUUGGGUUUGGUUGUAUCUUGUUGGAAGGUGAAGGCACGCUGGGGCAAAGAGGGUCGAGUCUGCUUCUGUGUUGCACUGCUGCCGUCCGGGUUGACGGUGGAGUGGGAUAUUGAUUUUGUGGUAGACAUGGCUGAGAGGUCGAUUUCUUCCUCGACACGUUCUUCGGCUUCGAACGAAUGGCUGUUGGUAUCCUGGUUGGCGAAGACUUCUCGUAGGCCUAAUUUCUCGCCUAGGCCCGUUUGCCAUUCGGCCUUGGCCCACCAUCCGAUCAAAUCUUCGCUGACGCUUUCAAACUUCUCGUUUCUUUGGGCCAUAUCUUUCACCCAGUAUGAGAAUAAGUAGAUAUGAGCAUCCCGGUAGGUGGUUAGGAGCUUCACUCUCCCAUGACUUCUCAGGAGUGAGUGACGGAUCAAGAAAGCCUUCUUCUUGGCCAUUGUAUUUUUCAGUGUAUCCAUUGGCGCCGCAUAGACAAGUUUUGAUAAUGAGGCGCGCACCGAUCCGUUUCCUCCUGGUCCACCGUUCAAAACGAGAGCAUCAUCUGCAUCCAGGGGUGCCACGGCCAGGAAAUCGGCCACGUCCCCUUUAAUCUUCUCUUCUUUAGACGUUGGCAUGGGGUACCAUACCCCGAGGCCACCUCUUCUUCCACCAUGCUCGCCGCCAACGCCCACCAUGCUGGAAAUGCGGCUUGAGAAUGCCUCACCGACUGACGAGCCAUCCAGAGCCCCUUGGCUCGACAUCCACGCUUCGAGGAGUGAUUCGCCAAGUAGGUCGCAUAUUAGGUCGCAAGGAAGAAGCAUAAAAUCGGACUUGAUGCAUGAUUGCACUUCAGGUAGUCGCAGGAGCUCCGAGGUGCCGGUAGUAAAUGUUAGGUCUCGAGGCGCAAGCACUGAGGGGGAGGGAGAAGGUAGAGAUGUAAGAUGUGGAUUUUGCGAUAGUGCGGCCUCUAACGCGGACUGGCUUGAUUGCGGCGUUAUGAGAGUUAUAUCUGGGGGGUUUAUUAGAACAUUGCAUAUAAUAGGAAUUGGACAUGAGAUUGUUGAUUGAAUGAUAUUUGCAGUUGAUUGGGGUAUAAGGGCUGGUUUCUUUUAUUCUAGUUGGGGUUCCAAAGUACGGGAUCCGCAAAGGCAACCCAAUCCCAAUAUGUUAAAUCAUUUUUUUUUGAUCCCAUCCGUAUGACAG